CACGCGUUCAUGAGCUUUCAUUCUGUGGAUGUAGUACGAUUCAUUGUGCGACUUUGUUUUGCAGAAAUAUCCGCCUCAACAUAAAGUGCUGGUCCAGGGGUUUCCUCAAGAUUGAGUUGGAUCCUGGAACGUUUACCUUGAAAUUUUACUUGAACUGCGUCAUCAGAUGACAGCCAUGUCCGGUUCUACCGCGGCACUGCCUACGAGGGGUCCCCUGACCGACGAAGAGCUGACUAAACUAGCAGAAACGCGUCCCAUCACAGUCCUCUUCGUCGGUGAUCGCAGCUACAGCACCAUAUCGAAGGAACAAUUCAUGAUAUAUACGCAGAGCCAGCUUAAUCUGAUGAAUGCAGGUUUUGCAGAAAAUAACAUCAAGCUGAAGAUGAAAGUUUACGACACCUAUGUGAUGACUGAGGACCAGGACAGGACCCACCUCUUGGAAGUUCCUGGUAAACAGGUUCCGUCAAUAGACGCAAAACAAGCCUGGGAGACACUUAACACAAAAGUUGUUGAAUACCCUGGGAGCAACGAGUCCGACAUCGUCUACGUAUUCACGAGCAAGGUUUUGCUACGCGAAAAUCAGAACGUUGUAUGGGACUGGCGCGAAUAUGGAACAGGACCCUGUGGAGGACGUUUGAUAGCCAGCAUCUACUACGACUCUCCCUUUUCCUACGUAGCUAUUACACAAUAUAUGUGGCCCAACACCCUGCUCAGGAUAGUGAAGAACGGUGAAUGCGAUGCCAAGCAUCUUGAUCAGUGCUACCAACAUCUCAUCCCUGCAUAUAAGAAUGACUUGAACGGAAGCCUAUGCUACACAACGACAGACACGCAAAAGGCGCCUACAUUUUCAGGAGUAGUGGGAUUCAAAGUAGAUAAUUUCUGUAAGGCGGCCGUUACUUCAAAUGGACUAACAGCGGUCCAAGGCUCUACAGUGAGCGAAUCGUGUACCACGAGGUGUGGGCAUCCGGGGUACUUGUAUGACACCACCUUCCUUGGUCCAUGCAAGGCGCCACAGACUUCCGGACAAGCAUGCUUCGACGACGACCAUGUGCUGUGCUUCUUCAAGCAAUGUAGAAAGAAAUACAGCGAGAUAAAGGCGCUGGCCCGUCGUAAUUGGAACCUACCAGACAGCUAUUACGACGAAGGUGCUGCCUGUGCAUCCAUGAGGUAGCGUUCAUCUGCUCAAGGUUACCUGGUCGUGUCGAGCACGUUACAUUGGUUCGACUCAGUGACUGCUGCCCCUGUGUUGUGUUCAAUAUUCGCUCAAUUGAGACAUUGUUUCAGAACUGCUCAGUAUUGUGGACUAUGUGACGCGCAUUCAUGCUCCUUUGUCACUUGUGUGUGAUAAUUGUUGAAACUGAGCUACAAUAACGUGAGGUUGCGUCAAGUUAGAUGCAACUCGAAACAAGGCUGAUUCUUGGAUGGUGAUCCUACAUUAAGCGCUGUAAGUGCCGUCAAACUACUUAAGUAAGUGUAGUAACUAGUAACCAGUAGUAAGUGUAGGUUAUCCGAAUGUCGUCGAAUGUCGUCGCGAACGACAGCACAGAGAUAACCAUGACACAUUACUCCUUAUAAAUGCAGUAAUGGAAUGCCAAAUAGUUCCAGGAUACCACCACGCAAUAACACUUGUCACUUGUACACCUGGUUCGGUUGGGUUAGGUUAAAGAGAGACUCCGCAAGGAUUAAAGAAAAGUGAGCAUCACACCGAACACGAAGCACCUCCUCGAUGGCGAGUACAACAAACUGAUUCGUUUUGCGCUGGUAAUUGCUUCGUAAAUUGUGACAAUAGCACACACGAAACAAAAUGCGAAGAGCAAAAGGAAAAAAAAAAAGUUCCAUACUACGGUGGUUCGUCGGGAGCAGGAUAGCAUGACGUCACCCGCCAGCAUUUUCAUCCGCUUCGAAGCCUUUGUUCUCCCCGGAUGACGUCAGCAGUAUGGUGGACUAGUGCUGAGCGGCCUAUGCAAAGCAUUGCAGGCGUGUACCGCGGGAUUGAAGCCGGGCACGUGAUCUUGUGAGCAGGCGAUUGCCGCAGACAAGGCGUUCUUUUUUUUUUUUUUUUGUCGAACUACGACGACCUCAGUAUUCCAGUGUGUGGCAAUUUUCGGUGUAGAAGUUUUUUUUUCGAAGCAGCUACCUUGUCCGGAUAGUGAGCUAUUUCAUUCGCCAGCAACUAGUUGUACUCAAGCCGGUGACACCCGGGGCUGUGACGCUCCAUGUGCUCUGCCGGGGAAAGACACCGGAAAUUCACAGCACAUGUGAUCUCUGAGACGUGGUGGCCGCUCAUUUUUAUCACUGGGGUAAUAAACAGCAAUCCAUCAAACAUGAGCACUAUAUAUUACCCCUUUAUGUAUACCUAACAGGGGAGAGCGAAUAUGUUACUUGCCUCGUGCACCUAUUGGCUGCUUCCUACUUCCAUCAAGGUACUGUGUCAGCAGACUCAAUGCGCUGGAUCGCGGUUUUACUAGUGGAUUAGCCCUGAUAAGAGGUACCCUUUUCAAACUUAAUGAGUAGUUCAUUGCACAUUUUUUCUUGCCCUGAGCUUUUUGCUUGGUCAUGGAGGACCACUUCCCUACGCCCAUGCAUAGAUUAUGAACCGUGCACUUGUUUAUUGGGACUGUUUGUGUCAGAGAUUCGAACGCAGUCUGAAACGAACACUGCUACUAACCGUUAUCUUUGGUCGAGCCGGAACUGAACCAAGCCGCAACAGUCGACGCCAUUUUGGAGCUGAACCAGAACUGAACCAAAAAUACCGGUAAUCGGUUUAAAUUACGGUUCAUACGGAACCAUGGACGGAACUUUGCAAGUUGUGGAUGAACAUUUUUUGUUUUCUUUUUCUGUUAAUUAAUUACUGCAACGACCCGCUUCGGUUGGAGAUUUUUCUUUAAAAGAUGUCCACUGAAGGUGCCAAAAGGGGUAGUACCCACUUCAAUACCGAGGCGCCGUGCUUUAGAAAUAAUGUUUUUGGGUGAAACUCAUUAGAAUUUUUACGACUGCCUCCCAUUCUUCAGCAUAGCUUGUACGAGGUGUCGGAUUGAUACUUAACAUAGCAACAUUCUCAUAAAUAUAUGGAAAUAUAUAUAAAUGCAUAUAUAAAAACACAGUUCUUCGAUUGGUGCACCGGUUCGAGAAACACCCGACAUAUUGCAGAUAACAAUGUUUAUCUUUCGACAUGAAAAGAGACGACGCCAACCGCCACUAUGAACUAUUUCUGUCAACUGUCAACACAUUUUACGUGGUCAUGCUUAGCCUUCAUAGACAUAGGUUGUUAGCGGUUGAGCCCUUUGUUUAGGAUGGGAUAAUGUACCAGUUGUCCCUGCGGUAAAUAUGGUGAUAGUUAUUCAAUGAAGUUAUGCGGUGUUAAACUUUGUUAAAUAAUGUACAGGGUGUGUGCAGAAAAACGUGACCCGCAUUUUUACAUGUAUCUCGUUGUCUACUUAGCCGAGGAACUUCCGGUGGCGCACGACGGCGUAUUUAUGCGUGCGAAAGCUACAAAAA